CAUAUAUAAACCUCUCCAAAGAUUUCAAUCUUCUCACAUAUCCUCAUUUCUCAAUUCUCACACUCUUACACUCUCUCAGAUUUCGCUUCGUCUUCUACAGGAAAAAUGAGAGAGAUCCUUCAUGUUCAGGGUGGACAGUGUGGGAACCAGAUUGGUUCCAAGUUCUGGGAGGUUGUUUGUGACGAGCAUGGCAUUGAUCCGACUGGAAGGUACAUUGGGACCUCAGAACUGCAGUUGGAACGUGUAAAUGUGUAUUACAAUGAAGCUUCUUGUGGGAGGUUUGUGCCUCGUGCUGUGCUCAUGGAUUUGGAGCCCGGCACUAUGGACAGUGUUCGCACUGGUCCAUAUGGCCAGAUCUUCCGUCCAGAUAACUUUGUAUUCGGACAAUCUGGUGCUGGAAACAACUGGGCCAAGGGGCACUAUACUGAGGGUGCUGAGCUUAUUGAUUCUGUUCUUGAUGUUGUGAGAAAGGAGGCUGAGAACUGUGACUGUCUUCAAGGUUUUCAAGUGUGCCAUUCUUUGGGCGGAGGAACUGGUUCUGGAAUGGGUACCUUGCUUAUCUCAAAAAUUCGGGAGGAGUAUCCUGACAGAAUGAUGCUCACAUUCUCUGUGUUUCCUUCACCAAAGGUUUCAGAUACAGUGGUUGAGCCAUACAAUGCUACACUUUCUGUUCAUCAGCUUGUUGAGAAUGCAGAUGAAUGUAUGGUUUUGGAUAAUGAGGCUUUAUAUGAUAUCUGCUUCAGGACUCUCAAGUUGACUACUCCUAGCUUUGGUGACUUGAACCAUUUGAUCUCUGCGACCAUGAGUGGUGUCACCUGCUGCCUCAGGUUCCCUGGUCAACUCAACUCUGACCUCCGAAAGCUAGCUGUUAACUUGAUCCCCUUCCCUCGUCUCCACUUCUUCAUGGUUGGGUUUGCACCCCUGACAUCCCGUGGAUCCCAGCAGUACCGUGCCCUGACUGUCCCAGAGCUGACCCAGCAAAUGUGGGAUUCCAAGAACAUGAUGUGUGCUGCUGACCCAAGGCAUGGACGGUACCUCACUGCCUCUGCCAUGUUUAGGGGCAAGAUGAGCACCAAGGAAGUGGAUGAGCAAAUGAUUAACGUUCAGAACAAGAACUCUUCCUACUUUGUGGAAUGGAUACCUAACAAUGUGAAAUCAAGCGUUUGUGACAUUCCACCCAGGGGGCUUUCGAUGGCUUCCACCUUCAUUGGAAAUUCUACCUCCAUCCAGGAAAUGUUUAGGAGAGUGAGUGAGCAGUUUACUGCCAUGUUCAGAAGGAAAGCUUUCUUACAUUGGUAUACCGGUGAAGGAAUGGAUGAGAUGGAAUUCACAGAAGCAGAGAGCAAUAUGAAUGAUCUUGUGUCUGAGUACCAGCAGUACCAGGAUGCCACUGCAGAUGAGGAAGGGGAAUAUGAAGAUGAGGAAGUGGAAGGAAUGGAGCAUGAGGAUAUGUGAAGGUGAUGUAGUGAAUAUUGUAUAAAACCAAUGUCUCAUGUUGCUGCACUAUGGUAUAAUGAUGCAUUAGUAUUUUUACUCUAUUAUCUUCAUGGAGAAUAUUUCUCACUUAGUUUUGUAUUUAGGGGGGUGUUAAUUAGAUUUGUGUUGAGAAGAUAUCGGGUCAGUGAACCCCACUUGGAGAGUAGAGUAUGUAAAAUGUCUAUUUGCUCUCCAGGUUAUAAACUAUAAAUCGUGGUGGAUGAAGCAGAAAGGUUCGGCAUUGUUUGCCUAGUAAGUCAUGUUUACUUUUAUGCUUGUACUGAGAUUUGUACUGAGUCAUGUUUAGCAUAUUAGUUGAUGCUGUUUGCUUCAGGUAAUCAAGUCAAUUCUGGCCAAUACCAAAGUUUAUUGAAAAUCAUCGUUUGUUGAAUAAUACGAAAGAUGUGGAAGUGGUUUUGAGUAAA